GUUCUACUUUGCUUUAUACCUUCAUGUACUGAAGUUCACUAGAAAGCUUCUCAUAUUAUCGUGAUCAUGUCCCUCACUCGCUCACAGUCCGCUCCACACAUCAAAAUUCCUGACCAGACAUUUCCCCGAGGCCAUAGAGCCGAUGUACAGCGGCACGCGAGUGCUAUAACCCUUGGAAGUUCCAAACCCACUUCUGUGUAUGGGUAUGGAUAUCAUACACCUCGGGAAGAACGCGACGAGGACCCUUUCAGUCUCGCCGGCUUUUUUCCUAGUACCCUAGCGCUUUCGCAGAACUGGAGAUCGAGCGCGUGGAGCUGGUUGCGUGGGUCGGAGGAUGACAAUAUGGAGGAGAGCAUGAUACCGGGGUCUAUGUCACCUGUGUCGGAGGAUGAGGAAUGGAUACCUCCCACGCCAGGGUCAGUGUUCGAAGAGGAAGAUACCGUGAUGCAAGCUACGAUCAAGCAGGAGGAUAAGCUAGGCGUGCUAUCAUUUGAUGACCUGUUCGGAUUUUCAGAAGCUGGGGACGCCUCCGGGCCCUUGCUGUCACCAUACACGAAGGAUGAUCCUGUAGAUAGCGACGCAUUGCAUGACGCUCUUUGCGCGCUUCGGAAGGCGCACACUACUGUUGUGGCAUCAACGAGCGACAACGAGGUGACUUCUGAUGGAUUGUUCUCGCCUGUCGAAGACGAUGGGGAAGACAAGCUUGAGGAGCUGGAGUUGGAGACACAUGUGAACCAAAACCUGCGAAGAUUCCUUGAUGUUCUGCCUCUAUGAAGCGUGUGACAUGGAUUUGUUUUUUGUGCUAACAUAGACUUGUAUUGAUAGACGGGAUUCUGGAUGUAGAUUUGUCAUGGCUCUCGUCGUCCUCGGGAAUACAUGAGCACGCAGACAGAUCGUGGGAAAGCGGGGAUGCAGCGUGGGAGAGUCGUGGGAGGGAGUUGCCUGAUUUGGUCGCUAUAUGGCCGGUAUAUAACAGACCCGCGUUAUCACUCUGCGUCCUUGCCUCCGCCUUUUCCUCCUCCCACUUAUGAUCACUUUCCUAUGGCCUCAACUGCCGCCGUAGACCUGCACGACCAUCGCGACUCCGCCCCUGCUCCAAAUUUACAGCAUUCGUCGCGCUCCGGGUCUCCUCAGCAACAUUCGCUUGACUCUAGUGCUCUUAAUCAAAGCGCAUCUGGCUCUCAGAGCUCUAGCAUUGCACCUUCGCCCGUGCGCACCACUUCUACUAACGCCCCUGGCAGUGAACACGCUUCCAUCCACUCCGUCAUGGCUGCAGCGAAUCAUACCCCAUCAAGUAUUCCUGCACCCAGCACCAGCCAACAGCCGGCUUGGCCCUCAUCAAGCAACAGUUCAAGUCACCAUGCUAAUCAUUUACCUUCUGGAUCCGGAGUCUCAACUUCGGUUCAGAGACCUAACAAACGCAAGUUGGAUGAUACCGAAGGCGACCCACAUAACAAGAUACGGCGCGUCGUACAAGAGCAUACGUCUCAAGAUCCCAAUCGGGCCAGACCCAUGACUACGGUCUUGUGUCUUCAUGCUGCCGUUGCUCAGAAAUCGUAUGGUAGCGAGAAGCGUUUUCUGUGUCCUCCUCCUAUCGUUCACAUUGAGGGGCCUAUCUGGCAAAUGAAGUCACAGCAGCUCUCCAUGACAGUCGUUUCUGAAGGAGGCGAACGUUCUUUCGAGCAACGAGCUACUCUCGACCAGAACCUCAGUGCUAGCUUUAAAUUUCUCCAUGUCUCUGGGACCGCCAAAAGCAAGAGUUUCCAGUUAUCUUUAGAUAUUGCAGAACCCUCUGGUCAACCGGCGGUGGAGGGUGGCGAGCCAGUUGCUCCUGGUCGUGUGUGGGCCGCUUUCGACUCUGCUCCAGUAACGAUCAUUUCGAAACCAUCCAAGAAGACCGCAAAGACCAGAAACCUCUCCUCGUGUAUUCUCGCGGGAGGGCCAGUCUCGUUAUUUAAUCGCAUCAACUCCCAGACUGUUCGCACCAAGUACAUGACUGUCGAUCAGACUCAGUUGUGCGCGAGCAAUACUUCCUGGUCUGCGUUCAAUGUGAAUGUAGUUCGUCCUUACGGGGAUGUGCCACCGCUUGCUGGUCCUCAACCUCAGCCAGUAACUUAUGGAAGUGAAAUCAGUCUUUCUGAGACCAUGUCUGGCACACAAACUGCACCACUUGUCAUACGCAAAGUUGAUAAGGGUCGUAUUGUUCCGGACGAUGGAGGGCCUGUAAGCCAGAUGCAGAAGAUAGCUCUGCAACGUAUAAAUCCCGAUGGCACUCGACAUUAUUUAUCUGCUGCGGGCCCAAUGCCCACUGCACCAGGUGCCGUGCCUCCCACCUCGCCGAAUCUGGCACAUCAAACUGGUACACACCCGCUCCUUUUCCAAGCUCCCAGAGUAAGGGAGGAGGUUAAGGAUGGUGUACGAGUCAUGACGGAUGAAGUCGAUGACUUCUUGUGUUGGACUAUUGUGGGAAUCUCAAAAUUUCAGUAUACAUUCUUCGAUGCUUUUGGACAAGGCGAAGGUGUCCCUGAUAUGCCAAUCACCCCCUUUCCCACCCUAUUUACCGCCCCCGUCUACAAUCAGGACAAACAGACUCUUGAUUUAACAGUAGCAAACUUUUUCUUCAAUAAUCCUAAGGACAACACAGCUACACCUCUGGAUGUUUAUCUGGGAAGACUUGGGCCUUUACGACUACGUGCUUACCAAUCAGCUCAUCAGGGUCCACUCACUUCCAUCUCUCCAUUCAUUCGUAUUGUACAGAAUCUCCCCUACGAUACUCACGAAUUCAGCCGUUUCGGAGGCAUGGUCCCUCUGAACAUCGAAGACGCCAGCGCGCCUCCGAAAGUUGGUCCUGUUCAUACGAUUGUGGUUGUGGAUCUUCCCCCGCUUACAGAAAUCUUGCGUGCCCUGGAAGAAGAUGCAACAAUGCCAUCUGCCUCCCCUUCAAAUGGCGAACAGCACAAGUCGACCGAUAAGGAACCUGUAGCACCACCCGAUAUGCGCACAAUCACCGGGCGUAGUCUACCAUUAUUAUUUAUUCGCUCCGUUGACGGUGUUGGAUAUCAUUCUGGACGUGCUGUCGUAGCGGACAAUAUCUUUGCCUCGCCUGAUAUUGCGGGGAUCGGUGGCAUUGACCCUAUGACUGGUGCACCCAAUCCUCAAUUCUUUGCUGCUGCUACCGCAGCGGCAUCUGUCCCUGGCAGUACGCACGGAUGGUCAUUACGGGUGGUUUGAAGAAGUUAUACAUUUCCUAUGGGCAAGAUAUCCUACUGCUAUGAUUGUUGUUGCGCUAUUCACAUUUCUGUCGUGCUUUCGUCUCGUUACCACAUGUUAUUCAGUGUUGUACAUUUAUUGUUAGUAUUAGCGUCAUCCUUUGGUUUAUUUCGGUUCAUAAAAUUCAUGCUUUACCCAAUGG